UUGCCAGGGACUGUAAGUCAGCCAGCCAGUACUGCGACAGAGCUCCUACCGCGGCCUGCAAGUGUUGCUUAGUUAUGGCUAGAGUCUUGCAUGUCUACGAAGAGUUCAAAAAAGAGGCGUUUGUACGUGGCACCGGACGGUUUGUGAUCAGUGAUGACAUGACAAUCAAUCCGGCAUCUACCAGAAGCAUUCAGUCGCUGCUUCGAGCGUUCGGUCCUGAUGGUAUCUGCCAUGACUUUGAGGAGCUCAAAGUGACCGUCGGCUGGUCUAUGGUUUUAUUCAUGUUGAAGGCCUUCCUUUCUUCAGAUACCAUACUCACUGACACAUUUCUAUCAAAUGAAUCUGAUGCCAAGGCUGCUCAUGGUAGUACUAUGAAGGAACAGAGCAUCAGUCAGAAAGUUCCACCGUCCAAUCAAGAUUCUGCAGGUUCUUCACCAGAAACUAAGUUCAAGGUUUUCUACGACACCUAUCAAAAGGAGGUCGUGUAUGCUGAAUGUAACAGCGAGUUCGUGGACCUGCUCCUGGGUUUCUUAACCUACCCUAUGAGCUGUGUGAUCAAGCACACAGGAGCUCGCACUCGCCAUCUUGGCAGGUGCUUCAGCAAUCUCUAUGGCAGCGUUGCAGAGCUCGCCAGUGCUGGUUGCUUCACAGGUGGCCUCCCCAGUGUGAUGUUACUGGAUCCAAGCAUUAUGCCGUUUAACAUUUUGAACAACAUCAUGUCUGGUCGGUGCCGAUCGCUUGACUGCCGGUGUCGGAAGGACACGAUGCCAGAGCUAGCACAGUAUUGCUUCCAUCCUGAGAUUGUCGAGGAACAGAGGUAUGUCAUAGGCGAUGAUCUACUUAUUUAUCAGGCCACUGCCAUGUCCGUGAUGAAGUAUUGGUCUGGGAGGUACAAGGAUAUGGUACUGGAGAUGGACAUUACUGUCGGGAAGCAGGAGGCUGUUGCACUGCUGCGUGCCGCCCUUACUUCGAAGAAUGCACUGACCGAAGUGUUCAUUGACGAGCUGGAGAAACAGUCCCUUGUACAGAAGAUGCAGAUAUUUGCCAAGAUCCCCUGGGGCAAGACCAUAACCGUGGAGGUCACGAGAUCCGACACCAUUGCCACCGUCAAGAGCAAGAUCAAGGAGAAGGCGUCCAUUCCUGCAGGGUAUCGUCAUGAAUUGGUCUACGGUAGCAGAUAUCUUAAAGACUUGUCCAGCGUUGCUGAUUACAAUCUCGUCAAAGAAUGUACCAUCACCAGCGAAUUUUUCAGGAAGUGAUUGAUAAUGCAGUCUGUUUGCUGUUGUUUAGUUCUGGUAGUGGUUAUUUUGGCUUUAUUUAAGUUCACGCAGUGGGUCUCGUGCUCUCCUGUAAUGGUCUGUCUGUCUGUCCAAUCUGCUCAGAAACUUGAACUUUCGUGGAGGCGUCUCCUUGGAAUGGAAGUUGGACAUGGAGA